GAUAACAAGUCUUAUCUUAUCUGCAUUCUUUACUUGUGGUUGGCCAAUCUUUUUCCUUUUGAGGAAACGCGCUCAGAGACAAGGGCACUCUACUCAGUAUUUGAUUCAGUAAUGAGUAGAAAUUUUCAAAAAAACGUAUAUUUGUUCAGGUUUGAGGAUUGUCUAAGAGUUAAUGGAAACGUAAUUCUUCCCACCACUAUUGAAAGGGCCGCAACAAGAAGGUCAGGCUCGGGACAAUAUCAACAAAAUGUGCAGUUUUCGACAAACAUGUCAAAAGAGAUGGUCACACAGAGACUCCAAGAGGCUUUUCCCUCCUUUAACUUGAAUGAACGAUUUUUCUGCGCAGCUGUCAGUCAAGCAAGUAAUGCAUUUCAGUUUCAUGGGGUCCCGCGCAUAUGGGAUGGGAUGACAAUUAGGAGAAACUUAAGAGGUAACUCAGCUCUCAACAUUAUCAUGGAUGGGCCUGUUGAACCUGAUCAAGGUUUGUUACAAUGGAUUCAAGAUAACCUUCAUUAUGAUGUUACAAUUGACCCAGCACAAAGUCCUUUGUUGGGUGGACCUCCUUUCUGUAUUGAAUUUAUGCCAGGUCUUCAGCCAGAGAUUACUUCAGGGUUUGCUAUAUUCAAAAAGUCCGAAGAUGUUUUGGGUACUGUUGAGUUGGAAAGAUCACGGUUGGGUAAUUACCUAUCUGGGCGCCGCAUUCCAGCCGCUAGAGAACCUGGUAUCGCUGAUGUGGAAAUCGAAUCACAGGAUAGAAUACGUCUUGGGACUGCAAGGAUAUUCUACUAUCUAGAUGAAGAGCAAGCUAAAAGGAUGGUCCGACAGCCACAAUCGUUCCGAAAGCUUUGUGAGGACAUAAACCAACAAUCAGUGGACAACUCUAAUACCAGUGCUGGCACAGCACAAGCUUCGUUACCUUUUGGACAUGUCCAGCAAGUUCAGUUAUUAUGCCUCCUGGUUUUCACGGCGGCAAAAGAGGGAGCACAGCAGUUUGUUGAGAUGAUCUUCUCUUGUUCGGCUGGAAGAAUUUUGUUUGAUGUAUAUAGGGGAAGUUCACCUCUGCCAGAAGAAGUUGCUUUGGAACAUGGGAACAAAGAGACAGCUCGUUAUUUUGAAAAAAUAACCAAAAGACUCUCGACCGAGAUAAGCAAUGGUAAAGAAUGUCCGAAGGUGAUCGAUUGGUCAGAACUUGCAAGAGCUGCUAUGAGGGCUCAACAGCCGUCUGAUCUUGCCAACGAAUUAAAACACACUCUUACUAUUGGGCGUGCGGAGGACACGCACCAUUUAGGAAAUCACGCGUUUCACUCAUCAGCUUUCCAAAGCCCAGACUCAAAGGGAACUGCCACAACAAAAUUGAAAGAAAACGGAGUACGUAAUGUUUGGAACCACACAGAAACUCAGUCGAAGUGAUUCUGACACCAGCAAGAACGCUGUUCUCUUUGGUGACAAAGUGUGGGAGCAGAAAUCCUCAUACAAAUAUCUUAGAGUGUACUUGGACUAACAUUUGACUUUUUUCUAAGCUAUUAACAAAGGAGCCAGCCAAUUAAGCUUAUUAUCAGGAUUAGAGAUGGCCUAACUUUUCAGGCUGAAUUAGAUUAUUGUGAUUUUAUAUGGAAUAAUUUAGCACCAAGUAAUCUCGGAAAAUUAGAAAGCCUUCAGACCAGAGCGGCGAAAAUAGUCUUAAAAGAAAAAUCACUGUCAGAUGAGUAGUUACUUCAACAGUUGGGUUAAAAAACCCUCCAUUCACGAUGUAUGAUACGUAGAUUGACGUUUGUUUUCAAUUGACGUCAUUGAACAUACGUCAUCGUCUCGUCAAUUGACGUCAUCGAGAAUUGUUCUCGAUGUAUGAUACGGAUAUAGAUCGACGUUUGUUUUCAAGUGUCUUUAGUCAGACGAACCAGAAAUUUUCAUGAACUAUUAUAGUAUGUUUAGUCAUUCUAAGGUUACCCGUAGAAAUGGCAUAGAUAUUAUAAUUCUAAGGUUUGAACAGAAGUGGCAAAAAAGGUUUGUUUUUAUGCUGGAGCCUAAGCAUUCAAUGAUUUGUCGCCUGAAUCAUUAAAAUCAAUCAAGUCAUUAUCUGAGUUUUUGACACGACGUCAAAGUCUUUCUGUUUUGCAUACAAAAUAAGAUGUAAAAGCGUUUCCGGUUCCGCUUUUUAUUUA